UGACGUACCUCGCUAUUUAUGCAGUUCUUCUCAUUAUAUCAGUUCCCUUUAGGCUCCAGUACUUUGUUUCUCCCCUCUAUUCUCUUCUAACUCCAGCCUUCAAUCUCCAUUGAAGAGAGAAAAAAUGGAGGCAGACGCAGCAAGAGGAUUAUCCCAGAAGGAGCAAGACAUCCAAAUGAUGCUUGCCGCCGAUGUUCAUUUAGGUACCAAAAAUUGUGACUUUCAAAUGGAACGCUACACCCACAAACGCCGCUCUGAUGGUAUUCACAUUAUUAAUGUGGGAAAGACAUGGGAGAAACUUCAUAUAGCUGCUAGAGUUAUUGUUGCUAUUGAGAACCCUCAGGACAUCAUCGUUCAGUCAGCCAGACCAUAUGGUCAGAGAGCUGUACUUAAGUUUGCUCAAUACACUGGAGCCCAGGCUAUUGCUGGAAGGCAUACUCCUGGAACCUUCACCAAUCAACUUCAAACUAGUUUCUGUGAGCCUCGCCUGCUCAUUUUGACUGAUCCACGUACUGACCAUCAGCCCAUCAAAGAAGGUUCACUUGGGAAUAUCCCCACCAUUGCUUUCUGUGAUACUGAUUCCCCAAUGCGUUAUGUUGACAUUGCUAUCCCUGCUAAUAACAAAGGAAAGAACAGCAUUGGGUGUUUGUUCUGGUUGCUGGCUAGAAUGGUUCUUCAAAUGCGUGGUACCAUUCGGAUUGGACAGAAGUGGGAUGUGAUGGUGGACUUGUUCUUCUACAGGGAGCCCGAAGCACCAAAGACUGCCGAGGAGGAAGAUGCUGUAGCUGUUGCUGACUAUGUGGACUAUAAUGCUGCUGCCCCUUUUGCUGCUGAUUGGGGUGAUGCCCCUCUUCCAGAGGGGAUUGCUGCGCCUGAGCCAAUUCUUCCAGUUGCUGGCGAGGUUAUUUCUGCUCCAGGUGCACCAGUUUCAAUCUCUGAUGGUUGGGAAGAGGUUGCUGCUCCACCUGCCUCUGGAUGGCAAUGAGCAAGUUCACAACACAAUUUUGAUCCCUCAAUUUUACUCUUAUUUUUAAAGCUACAUACUUCUUCGGUACAUCUAUAAUUUAGUUGUAGUCAUUCAAGUAAUGUGGUUUAAGUAUUUUUUGCAUGGGAUGAAUUUAUUUUAGUGUUUGUACCUGCAGUAUCAGAUAUAAAUUGGGACUUCAUUUUACCCGGGAUUCUGUUUUAGCCGGUUUAUUUAUCCUUGCUUUAAUGUAUUAUUUGUUUAUUACUAUACGGCUCGUUUGGUAAUACUCUUCACAAGUUAAUGGUCA